CAGACCUUAUAUACUGUGAUAUAGGACUCUAGUUCAAAUGUAUGAAAAAAAUAUUCCGUAAUUUAUUUUAAAUCUUUUAAAUCAGCUUUUAUUUCUUUUGGUAUUAUGUAUGUGCUUUUAAUCAUGAUGUAUUUUUGGAUUAAGUGCGUAAAAGUAUUUGCAAAAAAGUGUGAUAUCGGUCUAAGGUUAGGAAAAUUUAACCUAAAACAAAAUAUAAAAAUGAAUGUAAACAUAUUUUUAGUAUUAUUAGCUUGUACACAAUUUUUAUAAUUUUUCUUUAUAAAUAUAAAGAAACAAAUGUCUGAUGUGUAUGUAUUAAGAAACUAAUUGAGAUUAAGCUGGAGAUAUCUCAAACUUUAUAAAAAAGUUUUCCUCUGCAGAAUUUAUUUCUUAAGUUAACAUUCUGCAUAUAUUCUACAAUGAAAAAGCAAAGUAUCCUAUAUAUACACUGCAUCCUUAUUCUUCCCAUCAUUUAUGGGCUUCACAGAAAUUUAAAAUAUUAUGAGACUAUUCAUAGUUCUCACUUCGAACAUAGGAUUGUAAAACGUGGGAUUCAUCAUAGUUAUCAUCCCUAUAAUAAAAUUAAUGAAAUAGAGUUUUAUUCACAUGGGCGUCAUUUCCGAUUAAUUUUAACACCUAAAAGAGAAGUUAUACAUUCUAAAUUUAAGGCAUACCAAGUUGAUGCUGAUGGAAAAGAAAAAAUAAUACAUUUGGAUCAUGAUGAUUUUUAUCAUGGUCGGGUAUUUGGAGAAAUUGACUCUCAUGCGCAAAUGUAUAUUGAUGGUGGUGUUAUGACAGGCAGUAUAACAAUAGCAGAUGAAACUUUUCACAUUGAACCAUCUUGGAGACAUCUUCCUCACUUAGAUAACCAAACAAUGAUUAUUUACAAAUCCUCUGAUGUUAAAUUCAGUUGGGAACAUUAUCAAAAUGGAGGUCAUACACAUGGACCUCCAAAGACCUGUGGUUAUGUUAAUGAAAACUCGGAUUAUGUAUUAAAUAUCACAGAAGAUUCUGUAGAAAAUAAAUCUGAAAUUGAUAAUAGCAGCAGUAGAGUGAAGAGACAAACUGAAACAUAUGAAUAUACGCCGACGAAAACACGAUGCCCAUUAUUACUAGUUGCCGAUUAUCGAUUUUAUAAUGAAAUGGGCGGUGGUAGCACAAAAACUACAAUAAAUUAUUUGAUAAGUUUAAUUGACAGAGUACACAAGAUUUAUAACGAUACUUUGUGGCAAGAGCGUCAAGAGCAAGACGGUUUCAAAGGAAUGGGCUUUGUUAUCAAGAAGAUUGUCGUUCACAGUGAACCGACACGAGUGAGAGGCGGUGAAAUGCACUAUAAUAUGGUUCGCGAUAAGUGGGACGUUCGCACACUGCUUGAGGUGUUCAGUAGAGAGUACAGCCACAAGGAUUUUUGUUUGGCUCACUUGUUCACCGAUCUCAAAUUUGAAGGUGGUAUUCUUGGUUUGGCGUACGUAGGCUCUCCUCGUAGAAAUUCAGUAGGCGGUAUUUGUACACCAGAAUAUUUUAAAAAUGGAUAUACAUUGUAUUUAAAUUCAGGACUUAGCUCUAGUAGAAAUCAUUACGGGCAAAGAGUGAUUACUAGAGAAGCUGACUUGGUCACGGCACACGAGUUUGGUCAUAAUUGGGGCUCCGAACAUGAUCCAGAUAUAACAGAAUGCAGUCCAAGUGCAAGUCAAGGCGGAUCUUAUUUAAUGUAUACUUACAGCGUUAGUGGCUAUGAUGUAAACAACAAGAGAUUUUCACCAUGCAGCUUACGAUCUAUCAGGAAAGUCUUGCAAGCCAAAUCCGGACGUUGUUUUUCAGAACCGGAAGAAUCGUUCUGUGGAAAUUUAAGAGUUGAAGGAGAUGAAGAAUGCGAUGCAGGUCUUUUGGGAACAGAAGAUAGUGAUCAUUGUUGUGACAAAAAUUGCAAACUCCGACGUAAUCCGGGAGUAGAUUGCAGUGACAAGAACUCUCCUUGCUGUCAGAGUUGUCGUUUUAUGCCUUCAGGGACAAAAUGUCGUGACGCGCAAUAUGCUACUUGCGAGCAAGAAUCACGCUGCACCGGCAGUUCCAGCGAAUGUCCGAAAUCACCACCUAUGAAAGAUGGUACUAAUUGUCUUGAACGUGGUCAGUGCAAACUAGGCAAAUGCGUGCCAUACUGUGAGACUCAAAAUUUGCAAAGCUGCAUGUGCGAUACGAUCGGCGAUGCAUGUAAGAGAUGCUGUAGAAUGAGUUUGAACGAAACAUGCUUUCCAAUCGAUCCGCAAGACAUUUUACCAGAUGGAACACCAUGUAUUCAAGGAUUCUGUAACAAAGUCAUAGGAGUAAAACCAUCCGAAAAACCAGACGAGGAAGAAGAAAAUUAUCAAGAAAAGUACAAUAAGUGGGAUGAGUGGGACGAUAACAAUCAUGCUGAAAGAAUCAUUAUAAUAAACACAAUGAGUCAAGCUCAAGUGCUCAAAUAUUGUAAUGAAAAGUGUGCUGACAAACUUUGGAACCUGAUUAAAUAUAACAUGGCAGCAGAUUUGGAACAAGUAAAGGCAAAAGCACUAAGCGACUUGACUAAUUUACGUAUGACGAGAGAUGAAAAUGUAGACGAUUUCCUCAAUAGAGCUGAAGCUCUUAAAAAUCAAUGUGUACAAUUAGGAAAGCCAGUUGAAGAUUUUUAA